UCUUAGUAUGAAAUAUGAUAUUCAAGGUUCAAUUCAAAUCAAUCAAAAUGAAAAACUAUCUGUAACUGGUAUUGGUUAUCUAGAAAAAGAUUGGGGAUAUUCAUUUCCAUCACUAUGGAUUUGGGGUCAAGCUAAUCAAUGGGAAAAUCUUCCAUCCACAUCAUCGGCUAGUUUAUUUUUUUCUUUCGCAAGUAUUCCAUGGCAUUUUAAUAUUAAAUUUCCUGGAUUUCUUAUGGUUUUUGAAUAUAAUCAUCAGUUCUAUCGUUUUAAUUCUUAUUUACAAUCGAUUAUAAAUGAUUUAUCAGUUAAUAAUGAAACAAACCAACUUUCAUUCACUGUUUAUGAUGUUUUAUUUCAACAUAAACUUCAUGUAAGCACAUAUUGUGAUGAAUCAGAAUAUAUUAGUAGUGCAUUGUUAUAUGGACCACGUAAUGGUGGAAUGGAAAAGUUUGUACAUGAGAUUCUUGGAAGAAAUAUUUAUUUUGAUGUUCAAUUAUCGAGAUUAAUUCAAAAUGAAACAUUAAAUCGGGAUAGUGACGAUCCAUUUGUUCAGCAUGGAUAUUAUGAAGAAAUUCUUUUUCAAGAACGUGCUGUCAGUAUUGCACUAGAAAUUACGGGUGAUGUAAACUGGUUAACUGAGGAACUUCGAAAGACAUAUGAAAAUGUUUAUCCAUGGAAUUUUUCAUUAAUAAGAAGUUUGAUACAAUAUUAUAAAUUAAUAAUAACAAGUAUUAUAAGUGUAAUAAUUAUAUGGUUAUUUUUGGUUAAAUACCGUUAG